CGCAGAAUUUAACAAACAUGUGAUUCAUUCAUUCUUUCUUUCUUUUCAGAUCUGAAUGAACUUCACGUAAACGCUGUGAUUGAAGUCACAUGAUCAACCGGCAACCUCAAUCCCACAAUUCCUCCUUAUCCGACCCGCCCAUGCGAUUUAGGUCAGCUGUUUCCUUUUCUUUGCUGUUGUUCAUUGAUGCUUUGAAUCCUCUUCCAUUAUUGGCCAUUUCUGUCUUAGCUCCUCCAUUUUUCUUGAAUUUAUUGUGCCCAAUUUAGCCCAAUUUUUUUUAUAGGGUUAGUGGUUUUUUUCGUAAUAUUGUAGCAAAAUUUCCCCUUUUUGAAGCUGGAUUGGAGUUUUUUUAUAUUCUGAGUCUGUACUUCGUUUUACCGCAAGUUAAUUGUUGUGGAGAUGGGGGGGAAGUUGUGGGUAAGUGAAGAGGACAGGAGUUUGGUUGAAGGGGUGUUGGGGCGGCAGGCGGUUGAUUUCUUCAACUGGUCGGCUUCCCACAACCUGCUGUCUGAUUUCGUCGCGUCGUGCGGGAAUUUGACGGUUCGGCAGAGUCUGUGCAAGAUUGUGGAGGAUUUCGACUGGGCUUAUGCCAUCUAUUGGCAUGUCGCCAAGUCGAAAUCGGGCAAAUCGGCCUUGAUUUGGGGCGACGGGUAUUGUUCUUCUGAGGACCGAAACCUGCCCGAGGGAGAAGACAGCAAGAAGAAACAUGUUCUUCAGAUGAUCCGCGCGUGUUUCGUUCGUGAUGAUUCUAGUCGUGUUUUUGAGACCAAGUUGUUGGAUUCUUCCUCUGUUGUAUCUGAUAUUGGAAUGUUCUAUCUCGCGUCGAUGUUUUAUGCGUUCCCCUUUGAUGUCCCUUCCACUCCUUCGCAGUCGUUUAAUUCCAGUAGAACGAUUUGGGCUUCCGACUCAAAAACCUCUCUCCAAUAUUACCAAUCAAGAUCUCAUCUUGCAAAAUCAGCCCGUUUCGAGACCUUAGUGUUCAUUCCACUAAAAUCCGGGGUCGUGGAGCUCGGUUCCAUGAGACGUGUUCUUGAAGACCAUAAUGUGGUUAAGAUGGUUCAGAGAACAUUGGCUGUAGUGUCUACUAAUGUGGCAAGUCAUGCCCUACAUCCAGAUAAUUUACCUACUAAUAAUGUUCCAAGAAUAUUUGGGCAAGAACUUGUUAGUCUCGGCACAACAUUUUCUUCCCCUAAGGUGGAACCAGAAUCCGGGUACCCUUCCGACACCUUAAAAGCAAUAAUAAAUGAAGAAGUGGAUGAAAAACCGGUUCAACCGAGGAAGAGAGGGAGGAAACCGGCUAACGGAAGAGAAGAACCGCUAAACCACGUGGAAGCCGAGAGGCAGAGGCGCGAGAAGCUCAACCAGAGAUUUUAUGCGUUGAGGGCAGUUGUCCCAAACAUAUCGAAGAUGGACAAAGCGUCUCUGCUGGGUGAUGCGAUCACAUACAUCACCGACCUCCAGGCGAGGGUACGGGCGAUGGAAUUCGAGAGGGACAUGAUGAAGGUCGAUCCGAAUGUUGAUGUGCAUCAGCGGGCAGAGGACGCGGUUGUAAGGGUAGUGUGCCCUUUGGAAGGGCAUCCGGUUUCGAGGGUGGUGAAGGCGUUUAGGGAACAUAACGUAGAGGCGCAAGAAUCUAACGUGACGAUAACGGAGGAAGGGGAAGUGAUCCAUACAUUCUCUGUUCAAACACCAGGUGAGGAUUCUUCUGCUGAAGAUUUGAAGGAGAAACUGGCUGCUGCUGUACUAGCCAAGUGAUGAUACUAAUUAACAUGAUGAUGCAUUAAAUCUAAUUAUAUUAU